CCCCAGGGCUCCCACAAACGGUUCACUCUUCCCUGUAUUCCGGCGCCACCGCUCGAAUCUGAUCCUGCGAUUAAGUGACCACCUGACCGUUGCUAGCUUAGUCUCUGGGUCCGCUCUUCUUUCCCCAGGACCACAACCGUAGGGGGGUUGCUGCCUACAACAUGUCUCGAGAGGCGUACCCACUCCGUACAUCGUACUUAUCGUCUUCAACAUCUGGCUCAAGCUCAGGAGCAACAUCGCCUCGAACGCUCACGGACGACACAAUCUGUGACAUCGAGUCGCUCUCCUCAGAUGGAUCCACUAUCGCCCCAAAAAAGUCAUUCGGUGGGCCUGCUCAUUACUACCAUCAUCAUAAGCCUGCAAGCUACUACGCGUAUUCGACCACUUCUGCUUAUCACGACCCCUCCCAAUCUCGUUCGGGUUCGCCAAGCCAGUAUUUUAACUCUGAAGAUGAUCAGCCAUUCCAACCCCUUCUGAGGAACGCGAGUGGGCGCUCCACUCCUGUAGUCUCUUCGCCGAGACGAAAACGAUUCGGCAAUGAGCUGGGGCGCCGUGCACGACGUCGACAUCUACAAGUCAGCCUCAAGAUGCGUAUUUUCACUGCUUUUGUUAGGCAUCCACUUUUCCCAUCCUCACCCUCUUCGAUUUUUUUGACCAUCGCUGCCAUUUUUCUGACAGCACUAGCAACUACGUUGUUCCUCAUGCGCGUCCUCAAUCCGGACAAAAAUGCGCUUCCAUGGAGGUCAUAUUGUGCCCUGUCGCCCCAAUUUUCCGCUGCUGAACUAAGUAAACUUCCGCCAGUCGGGAUUUUCAUCGGUGUUAUGAGCGUGGAAAGUGCUGUUGAGCGAAGAAUGCUUAUUCGCAGCACUUGGGCCAAGCAUCCACGGAGUAGAGGGUCAAACGGUGGCACCGAUCGGACAAUCGUUAGGUUCAUUCUUGGUGCUCCUUCUGCCGACUGGAUGAGAAGGAUUCAACUUGAAUCUGAGACAUACAAGGAUAUCGUGCUACUCCCUAGUUCGGAGGACACGAAUAGUGGGAGAACACACGCUUUUGUCCAAUGGGCCCACACAAAUGCUUUCGUUCCACCUCCCGAUCCCUCGUCUAAUCAAAGCUACAGUGCCAAACAUCCCUCGCCGUACGAUUGGCAGUAUAGCCAUAAACGAGCAGCAAUACCACUCUCCGGCACGCUAUUUCCAUCUUUUGAUGAUGGGCGUCGCCCAGCGCCUCUUCCCCCUGCCCCGCAUGAUCCCAGGACUGCUAACACGUCAACUGAGUGGGUGCGACCCCAAUUCUUCGUCAAAGCGGAGGAUGACUCUUUCGUGAUGCUGACUGAGCUUGAGGCUCGCUUGCGUUUGGAGUGGUACGAAGCACUCUCGGAUGUGACGAACGAGGCCGGCACAGCGGGUAGUUCUGGUCAUCGAGAAGCGUUGCCCAAGACCAAGUUACCCAUGACGAGCAGUGCAGUGCAGCUCCCACAGCGGUCCACGACCUGGAUAGCAGCGGAGGCCCAGUCUACGUCCAGCGUUACCGCAUUCGGUUACGAUUCUUACAAGUCUCAGGGUGGCAAGAAGAGCAUUGAUCCAAUGAUUUAUUGGGGUUAUCUUGUCAAGGCUCGAUUCAUGGCAGGGGAGUUGUACGCACUAUCCUCGUCACUCGUAGAUUACAUAGCAACAGACCCGGUGGUGGCGUCCACUGUACAAGGGAAAGAAGACCAGUUGACUGCACGUUGGUUGCGAAUUCAUCCUCGGGCAAGCGAUGUUCGUUGGCGAAGCGAGCGCUGUUGGAUAUAUGAUCAUCCUCGAGCUGGUACUGUAUACUCGCAUGGGUUUUUGUUCCCUUCGGAAGUCGCUCGUAUUCGUCACGAAACAACACACGGUUCAAGUCCUGCGGAGAUCCACCUUCUCCCAAUGUCUACAUCGUCCGCUGAUCCUUCACUUACGCACUCGACUGUUUCGAAGUUCGGCUACCCGUAUAAGGCGCCAUCCUCAAACUUGACUACGGACCAAGAAGUUGAAGCUCUGAUUGAAGGUUCUCCCCUUUCUCGGUUGAGGGAUGAGACUUUGGGGGGCUGCUCAGGGGAGGCGAGUGCCCAGGAAGUUGCCAGUGCAUGGAGACGAAGAGAGACGCGUGAGCAGCGGAUGGGAGGCGCCUCUCUUGGUGGAACUAUCGUCGUGCACUUCAUCAAGCGCAAUGAAUGGUUCUUGGAGACGGCUAUUGCGUUCCUGCAUGAUGAUCCGAAGGACGAGUCUGCCCCUGCACACGGCUCGUCAACUACUUCCGAACCCUCCCCUGUUGCAGGGGAUUCAGAUGGCAUGCGUGCGGAGACGGAUCUAAAUAACAAAGUCCCCAUCGACUUGUCGAAUCUCGAUCCCCCUCCCGGACUGGGACCAAGUAGGACCGAAACAGAUCUGAGCAAUCACACCCCCAUUGAUUUAUCUCAUUUGGAUGAUUACGUCGCACCUAAUCCACCGCCAUCAACCCCUCAGCCUGGCCGCAUUGCGUCCGAUUUGCAGCACAAGACACCGAUCGACUUGUCUCACCUGGAUCCCAUCGAUUCCCCAGUCUCUGAGCCGCUCGAGGACUCAGAGCAACCUGUGAUAUCAGAUGACAAUGUCAUGUCUCCGUUCGGCACCGAGAUAAUUCGGCAGUAAAGCGUGUAUCUUGCCAAGCAUUAUACCUGCACUUGUGAUUUAUUGUUUUCUUCAAACCUGCCUACAAUCGUUGAGAACCCUACAUUCAUUUUUCUUCAACCCAACUGGGACUAUUCAUUUUGCUCAGAAAAAAGUGUGGUGUGGUGUAUAUAUUAGGGCCAUUUUAGGUCACCAUGCUAGAGUGUGUGCUCUGCAUCGCGGUUCACCGACACAGCAUGCAUGAAUUUAGAUCACACAUUCUGAUUAUCUGUUUCAGGGUACAUUCUCCAUGUUAUGGUACAAGUUGUGUUGGAGAGAUACCGUCUAUAAGGCUUCCGUCUAUGGGGUUGGAUAUUCCUCCAUUAUGACAUUCAUCGGCAGAGGAGAUAGAACGAUAUUCCAAGGGGCCACAAGCUCCAU